AUGUCGAGGCUGCUAUCCUCAGCCUCCCUCCUGCGACGCGAUCCUCGAUUAUUAAAGGUCCCGCCAUACCUGUCCUUACUCUGCGUAGUCAUUGGUAUCGCAUGGCUACUGCUUCUACCAUUAGACGACUACUCGCGAAAAACCUACAUCUCCGAGAAUGCGCUUCUGCCAGGGCAGGUCCAUACUUAUUUUGCUGGGAGUGAUCAAAAUGUGUUCCGGGGAUACAAGCGGGAGGUAGAUGCUCUGGAGGACAGGAGUAAUAUCGAGGUCAACGAUAAGCUUGAGGAAUUCUUCAAGGCCUCCGGAUUGAAGGUCGCCCGGCAGAGAUACGAGUACAAGAGCGCGGGAGAGACAUAUGCUGGGGAGAACAUAUACGCCAUCCUACACGCUCCACGAGGAGACGCUACGGAAGCCAUUGUGCUUGUAGGAGCGUGGAGGAAUGUAGAUGGAGUGCUGAAUAGGAGUGGAGUUGCUCUUGUCCUGACUCUGGCGAGAUAUUUCAAGAGAUGGUCCCUCUGGUCGAAGGAUAUCAUUUUCUUAAUAUCGGCCGAUAGCAGAGCCGGUCCGCAGGCUUGGGUCGAUGCCUACCAUGAUACACAUCAAUCUCCCAGUAUCGAGUCGCUACCACUGAAGAGCGGUGCUCUACAAGGCGCGGUAGUGAUCGAUUAUCCGUUCGACCACCGGUUCGAAUCUCUACAUGUGGUCUAUGAUGGUAUCAAUGGACAGCUUCCAAACCUGGAUCUCCUGAACACAGUAGUUGCUAUUGCAAGUGGACAAAUGGGCAUACCAACCUCUCUCCAGCAAAUGUGGCAGCACUCCGACACCUAUAAGGAUCGAUUGCAGACGAUGCUACGCGGGAUGCUCAACCAGGGCCUAGGCCACGCAUCCGGACCACACAGCAGCUUCAUUCCCUACCACGUAGAUGCUAUAACCCUACAACCGUAUGGCGAAGGCUGGCAAGAUGAAAUGGCCAUGGGGAGAGUAAUAGAAAGCACGUUCCGAAGUCUGAACAACCUUCUAGAACAUCUCCACCAGAGUUUCUUCUUCUAUCUCCUCAUGCAAGCUAAUCGCUUCGUGAGCAUCGGCACAUAUCUCCCCAGCGCCAUGCUUGUCGCGGUCAAUUUCACUAUCAUGGCGAUUUUCCUAUGGCUGAAAAGUGGCUCGCCAGUAGAGAAGAAGAAGCCUUCCCCGUCUGCUUUAAUAAGAGAGAAGCCAUUGGCUCAAAUUCAAGGAAUGGAUGAUGUUAAAGCUAAAGCUCUUAUUCCCGAGGACACCUUGACUGUCCGGGAAAGAGAGCUCUUCCUCCCGCUUUCAGUGGUAGCGGGCUCGCAGUUCCUCGGUGUCCUGCCUUUGUAUAUCUUCAACCAUACGUCAGAACAGAUGCUCACCCCAGUCUUCGCCAUCUUCGCCAUUCUGAACAGCAUAUUCCCCUACAUUCUCUCCACCGCUCUAAUCCGCUACUUUAGCCCUACAACCCAGCAAUACCAACUCAUUAAAUCAUUCUCUCUCCUCCUCCUCGGCAUGUUCCUCUCCGCGCUUGCAACAUUGAACUUCUCUCUAGCCUUCCUCGUCGGACUAUUCGCCGCGCCACUCACUUACGUCGAGCCAUUCCCUCGUCGCCCCAUCACCACAGUCGGCUUUGCUCUUCUACUUAGCUUGUUAGCGCCGACGGUGGUGUUGUUGGCUGGGACGUAUUAUUGGCAAUUGGGCGUUGCAGAGGUGUUGAAGGAGGCUGCGUUUGGUUGGGAUGUGUGGGGCAUGAAUACCCAGGUUGUGGUCUGGUGUGUUUGGUGGCCGUCUUGGGUUGUGGGCAUGAUUUUGUUGUUUGGGAGGCCGAGGGAGGAGGGGACGGAUGGGAAGAAGGUUGCUAGUUAG